AUAUUCUGGCAUGACUCCUGAGAAAUAGAAAUGAAGCGGGGAUAUGAAGCUCGAGGCAGGGACCGUCACCGACACCGACACCAGUCACAGUGGCGGAGGAGACAGCGUUCAGCCCACGAUGAGCAGGAAUAUAGGUCCGAGAGCACAGCAGGUGAUGCAGGUUCGUCCUCUGCAUCCUCAUCUGCACCAGAGCUGCCAGGCUUCUACUUUGACCCAGAGAAAAACCGAUACUUUCGUUUGUUGCCCGGACACAACAACUGUAACCCUUUGACAAAAGAAGGGCUCCAGAAAAAGGAAGAAGAGAGAAAGAGAGCAGCACUGCUUGCAGAGGAUGAUGCUCCUAAGAAGAAAGCUCCCAGGACAGGGAUGAAUUCUGCACUGCUGUUACAGAAGAGACAUCUGGGUCUGCUGCCCCCAAGCUCUUAUUCUAGGCUGAUCCAUGAAGUGAAAGUCAGUGGGAUGCAACGUCACAGGCUGGAGGUGCAGAGCUCCAACUCCACCUGCCCAAACACUGACAACUUUCAUCUCAUUGUUGCAGAUUCAGCUUGUGAGAGGGUUUUCACAGUGAAUGACGUGUCGCACGGAGGCUGCAAGUAUGGCAUUAUGAAUUUCCAUGGCUGCAGAAAAGGCUCUCUGUCAGUGGAGAUGUGCGAUAAUCUUUAUUUUACUAACCGCAAGGUAAACUCUGUAUGCUGGGCCUCUGUGACGCAUACAGACUCGCAUGUUCUGUUGUGUUUGGUGGGCAUUUCUCAGACGCCAGGCUGUGUAAGCUUAUUACCUGCUUCUCUUUUCAGCAACUUCAAUCCAGAUCAACCAGGGAUGCUAUGCAGUUUUAAGAUCUCCACAGCUUGGUCAUGUGCAUGGUGUCUCAACCCUCAGGCUGAUAAAACCUUCAGCACUGGCCUUUCUCGACGAGUGAUUGUUACGGAUGCUGUGACUGGACGCAGAGCAACAUACCUCGCUGGAAGUGAUGUUCUAGCUCAGCAGUUUGCCCUAAGGGCUCCGGUGCUGUUCAACGGCUGUCGCUCUGGAGAGAUCUUCAGCAUUGACCUGCGUCAGCGUGACAGGGGUCGCAGUCACGGUUGGAAGACCAGCCGCUUCUACCAGGAGUCAGCCAUCACCUCAGUCCAACUGCUACAGGAUGAAAACUACCUCCUCGCUGCUGACAUGCUGGGCAAUAUCAAGCUGUGGGAUAUCCGUGCCAAGCGGUCCGUCAAACAGUAUGACGGACACCACAAUGAAUACGCCUAUCUACCCAUUCAUGUCAAUGAGCCAGAAGGAUUGCUUCUUGCUGUGGGUCAGGACUGCUACACCCGGCUUUGGAGCCUUCAUGACAGCCGUCUCCUCAGGACGAUCCCCUCGCCUCACCCUGCAGGGAAGGACUCAAUCCCAAAUGUAGUGUUUUCCUCCCAGCUGGGUGGUAGUAAAGGACUUCCUGGACUCCUUAUGGCUGUUCGUCAUGAUCUGUACUACUACUCUUACAACAAAGACUAUCAGGAUGGGCUGACACUGGCGGGUCAGUGCUAAUAUUUACCCUCUGAAAACAAGUACAAGGCUGCUGUGGAAAAUGAUCUGUUGUCAUUUUUAUUGUCAUUUUAUUUUAUUUGGUCAUUUUACUGGCCAAAAAUGUUGCCAUUUAUACCAUCUGCCUUUUUAAAAAGUAAUAUAUUGAUUAGACUGUGAGGAAUUCAGAAUACUUGCUUGUCCAUUAUAUCAUCAAUAGAUUGAUUUCAAAAAAAGCUUUAGAUAUCUAAAUUAUAGUCACAUAUAGCCACUUGAAACAUACCUCCUAAAAGUGCAAUUUCAUUGUUUAUG